AUGGAGCAGAGGAAUCAGAGUGGGAGGGUAAGUGAGUUUGUGUUGCUGGGCUUCCCGGCUCCUGCGCCACUGCGGGCACUUUUAUUUGCCCUUUCUCUGCUGGCCUAUGUGUUGGUGCUGACUGAAAACACACUCAUCAUUAUGGCAAUUAGAAACCACCCCACCCUUCACAAACCCAUGUACUUCUUUCUGGCUAAUAUGUCCUUCUUGGAGAUCUGGUAUGUUACUGUCACUAUUCCCAAGAUGUUAGCUGGAUUUGCUGGGUCCAAACAGAGCCAGGGACAGCUAAUCUCCUUUGAGGGCUGCAUGACACAGCUCUAUUUUUUCCUGGGACUGGGCUGCACUGAAUGUGUCCUUCUUGCUGUUAUGGCCUAUGAUCGCUAUGUGGCCAUCUGCCAUCCUCUCCACUAUGCUGUCAUUGUCAGCGGUCAGCAGUGUGUGCAGCUUGCAGCUGGCUCCUGGGCUGGAGGUUUUGGUAUCUCCAUGGUCAAAGUUUUUCUCAUUUCUCGCCUCUCCUACUGUGGACCCAACAUCAUCAACCACUUUUUCUGUGAUGUCUCCCCAUUACUCAAUCUUUCAUGUACUGAUAUGUCAACAGCAGAGCUUACAGACUUUGUUCUGGCCAUUUUUAUCCUGCUGGGGCCACUCUCUGUCACUGGGGCCUCCUAUAUGGCCAUCACUGGUGCUGUGGUACGAAUUCCCUCGCCUGCUGGGCGCCAUAAAGCCUUUUCCACCUGUGCCUCUCACCUCACUGUUGUGAUCAUCUUCUAUGCAGCCAGUAUCUUCAUCUACGCCCGGCCAAAGGCACUCUCAGCUUUUGACAUCAACAAGCUGGUUUCUGUACUCUAUGCUGUCAUUGUACCUUUGCUCAACCCCAUCAUUUACUGCUUACGCAAUCAAGAGGUCAAGAGAGCCCUACGCCAUACGCUACACCUAUACCAGGGCCAGGAUGCUAAGCGCAGGAAAGCAAGCAGAGAUGGGUAG